CCUGCGAAGGAGGGCGUGGCUAACACGCCCGGUGGAUUCCUCCGCUCGAGUUCGCUGUGCUGAGGUCGAGGAAGUCGCCAUUUUCGAUGCCGAGCGGCUAAUCGGAACUCUGUCUUCCGUUUUCUCGUCUGGAUUCCUCCAGGAGGAGCAGGACAGCAUGCUGGGCUCCGGCUUCAAAGCUGAACGCUUACGAGUCAAUUUGAGAUUAGUCAUAAAUCGUCUUAAACUGUUGGAGAAAAAAAAAACGGAACUGGCUCAGAAAGCAAGGAAGGAGAUUGCUGACUAUCUGGCCGCUGGAAAGGAUGAGCGAGCGCGAAUCCGUGUGGAGCACAUUAUCCGGGAGGACUACCUUGUGGAGGCCAUGGAGAUCCUGGAGCUGUACUGUGACCUGCUGCUGGCUCGGUUUGGCCUUAUCCAGUCUAUGAAAUGUUAAAAUAUAUAUAUAUAUAUAUAUAUAUAUAUAUAUAUAUGGGCUGCUCCUCGGCUUCAGUCAGAAGUGGCUGAGUUGAAAAUAGUUGCUGAUCAGCUCUGUGCUAAAUAUAGCAAGGAAUAUGGCAAGUUGUGCAGGACCAACCAGAUUGGGACUGUGAAUGAUAGGCUGAUGCACAAACUGAGUGUAGAAGCUCCACCCAAAAUCCUAGUGGAGAGAUACCUGAUUGAAAUUGCCAAGAAUUACAAUGUACCCUAUGAACCUGACUCUGUGGUCAUGGCAGAAGCUCCUACUGGGGUGGAGACAGACCUUAUUGAUGUUGGAUUUACAGAUGAUGUGAAGAAAGGUGGUCCUGGAAGAGGAGGCGGGGGCGGGUUCACAGCCCCUGUUGGUGGACCUGAUGGAACAGUGCCAGUGCCCAUGCCUAUGCCCAUGCCCAUGCCCAUGCCAUCUCCAAAUGCUCCCUUCUCAUAUCCACUGCCAAAGGGACCAUCGGAUUUCAGUGGAUUGCCAGUGGGGACUUACCAGGCCUUCCCUAACAUUCACCCACCUCAGAUACCAGCAACUCCCCCAUCGUAUGAAUCUGUUGAUGACAUUAAUGGUGAUAAAAAUAUUUCUUCUGCACAGAUUGUUGGACCCAAGCCAGAAGCUCCUGCAAAGCCCCCUUCCAGACCCAUGGAUAAUUACAACAACUUUGUACUGCCAGAGUUGCCGUCUGUGCCAGACACACUCCCAACAGCAUCUGCUGGAGCCAGUACCUCUGCAUCAGAGGACAUAGACUUUGAUGAUCUUUCCCGGAGGUUUGAGGAACUGAAAAAGAAAACAUAGGUUUCUUAAAGCAGGCAAUAUCCACAGUCUGGAAGUUGAGACUGCAUAGUUCUUCCUUAUAACAGUGAAUCUCUAUGAAAUUCCGUUUCAUCUGUUAACCAUCACUGAGCACUCUUCCUUGGGGCUCUUGCUGCUCUACCAAUUGUGUUGCUUUCCAGUUCUCUAGUGAUAAUGAGAGACUAACAGCUAGAGAUUCUGGCUGGCUUCUGGUGGCUGUUCACCUGUCUUUCUGUCACAUGGAUCCUUGGUUCACUCCUGGCCAUUCCAUUCCCAAAGGAGUGAGAAGAGAAGUAUUGUGGGUAGAGUUGCCAAAGAUGGCUGGACCAUGGAAGAGACUACCCUAUGAUAUGUCUCAACCUUGUCUUGUAAAUGCAUCCUUCUGCAUGGGGGUGAUUAUAGAGAGAAUCAAGGCCACCAUGUGUUUUCUCAAAUGAGUUAGAUGGCUCAGGAAGCCACUGUCACGGUUCCUGGAGGCAGGACCCUCUCAUUGACAUACACACUACUCCUUGCUGCAGGGCACUGUUCCACCUGGAUCCAGUUGCAAAGUUUGUUUGGAAAAGUUCUCUCUUAGUUCUACUGGAUUCUCAGGGAGCCCUCUGUGGCCUUUUGCUUUAUUUUGAGUGCUGUGUUUCCCUUUUAGGAAAGAGCAGCACUAUAGAAACUUGUUUUUUCCCAUAGCAUGUUAGGAGAGAAGCAUAGGUCUCUACCCAAGCUUAGGGUGGGCUUCCAGUUGCCUUAAUAGAAGUACUCAAGUCUCUUGGGUAGAGAUCUGGAAGCCUACAGGAAAAGAGGGGUACAUUUCUUCAUUGGAAAACUUUUAUGAUUAAGGGAAUCUUUACAAACUGAUACCUUAAAUUUUAGUGCCAUGUGGCUGUAGCUCACUGCUUUCCUGGGUGGUUGUGAUUCUUCAUUACAGUAACUUAUGUGCAUCUUGGCUCCUUAGCCAAGGCCACCCUUCCAAGAGGUUAGCUUUGGGACUGGAAGAUGAGAUUUUUGCUUAUGUAUAAUAUUUCUGUAUAUACCUGUUUCAAGCAACUUCAUUGUUUUUGAUUGAUUUGUCUCAUAGCUCAGUGGCUGCUAAUAAAGAUCUCAUGUUCUGCUUUC